AUGCUAGAUUGCAAAUCUGUAGACACUCCUAUUGUUCAUAAUCAUAAUCUUGGAGAAUAUCCGGAUCAAGUUCCAACUAACAAAGAAAGAUACCAAAGGUUAGUAGGAAGAUUGAUUUACUUGUCUCAUACUCGACCUGACAUUGCUUAUGCGGUGAGCGUCGUUAGUCAAUUUAUGCAUUCUCCGAGUGAAGACCACAUGAAUGCAGUUCUUCAAAUACUUAGAUAUUUGAAGUCUGCACCCGGAAAAGGACUUAUGUUCUCAAAACAUGAUCAUUUGAAUAUUGAUGGUUACACAGAUGCGGAUCGGGCAGGAAGUAUAACAGAUGGGAAAUCCACAUUCGGUUACUUCAUAUUCGUGGGAGUGCAGAAGCCGAGUUCAGAGGAAUGA